GAUGAAUGGCCAGAAAGGGGAGGCGACUGGCGCUCUGCACUCCCCGGCCGCCGCGCUGUGUCCUGCCCGUGCAUCUUGCUCCACCCUGCCAGGCACUCCUCUCUCUCCCCCACCAGCUUUCACAUUCGCUACAGAAAAGAGGGGGAAAUAAGUCCGCCAAGGUGCCGCCCGGAGAGGCGACGGCGCAAGACUGAGACGGCUGUGCGGCCCCGGCUCUCACUCAGGCGCCUCCUUUUCUUUUUUGGCGGGCGAGCUGGAGCCCAUCUGCCAUGACUCCUUGGAGUGGGGCUGAGUGAACCCAACGUCAGGCGGGGAGAGGCGUUGCCGAGCCCCCCUCCCGAGAAGACCAUGAGACAACUGGCGCUGCUUUCCCUCCUUCUCGUGCUGUGCCUUAGCAAGAUAAAAGUUUUGGCUGCGUGUGAUGAAUGCAGUUCAGUAAAUAUAACAGCAAAAAAUACAGAAAUAUAUAUCGAGAAACCUGACAAUUUCACAAUAAGUAAUGUAACUUUUGCAAAUGGGAUGCUGGCUAAGCAUGAACUACUGAAUAAUUCAGUAUCUGAACUUGAAGCUGGAGUACAGUAUAUUGUUUAUCUUCAGAAUAUUACUGAAAUAUGCUGCAAAAAUAUUACCACAGUGCCCAAUGCAGUCACUGACAUUCGUUUUAGCAGCAUCACUACCACAUCAGUAAAUGUAGUGUGGAACAGCACAGAUCGAAAUGCUGCUGAUUACAGCUACAGAAUAGAAGUUGUUGGAAAUGGCACCAAUAGGACGGAAAACUCGAAUGUCACCUCUGCAGUUAUUAUGAACUUAGAACCUGGUACAUUGUACACAUUCACAAUAUUUCCACAAGUUGCUGGAAUUAAAGGAGAUCCCAGGAAUGCUUCCACAUAUACAAUGCCCAAUGCAGUCACUGACAUUCGUUUUAGCAGCAUCACUACCACAUCAGUAAAUGUAGUGUGGAACAGCACAGAUCGAAAUGCUGCUGAUUACAGCUACAGAAUAGAAGUUGUUGGAAAUGGCACCAAUAGGACGGAAAACUCGAAUGUCACCUCUGCAGUUAUUAUGAACUUAGAACCUGGUACAUUGUACACAUUCACAAUAUUUCCACAAGUUGCUGGAAUUAAAGGAGAUCCCAGGAAUGCUUCCACAUAUACAAUGCCCAAUGCAGUCACUGACAUUCGUUUUAGCAGCAUCACUACCACAUCAGUAAAUGUAGUGUGGAACAGCACAGAUCGAAAUGCUGCUGAUUACAGCUACAGAAUAGAAGUUGUUGGAAAUGGCACCAAUAGGACGGAAAACUCGAAUGUCACCUCUGCAGUUAUUAUGAACUUAGAACCUGGUACAUUGUACACAUUCACAAUAUUUCCACAAGUUGCUGAAAUUGAAGGAGAUCCCAGAAAUACUUCCACCUAUACAAUGCCCAGUGCAGUCACUGGAAUUCAUUUUAGCAGCAUCACUACCACAUCAGUAGAUUUAAAGUGGAACAACAGUGAUCGGAAUGCUGCUGAUUACAGCUACAGAAUAGAAGUUGUUGGAAACGGCACCAAUAGGACGGAAAUCUUGGAUGUCACCUCUGCAGUUAUUAUGAACUUAGAACCUGGUACAUUGUUCACAUUCACAAUAUUUCCACAAGUUGCUAGAAUUGAAGGCGAUCCCAGAAAUACUUCCACCUAUACAGUGCCCAAUGCAGUCACUGACAUUCGUUUUAGCAGCAUCACUACCACAUCAGUAAAUGUAGUGUGGAACAGCACAGAUCGAACUGCUGCUGAUUACAGCUACAGAAUAGAAGUUGUUGGAAAUGGCACCAAUAGGACGGAAAACUCGAAUGUCACCUCUGCAGUUAUUAUGAACUUAGAACCUGGUACAUUGUACACAUUCACAAUAUUUCCACAAGUUGCUGGAAUUGAAGGAGAUUCCAGGAAUGCUUCCACAUAUACAAUGCCCAAUGCAGUCACUGACAUUCGUUUUAGCAGCAUCACUACCACAUCAGUAAAUGUAAUGUGGAACAGCACAGAUCGAAAUGCUGCUGAUUACAGCUACAGAAUAGAAGUUGUUGGAAAUGGCACCAAUAGGACGGAAAACUCGAAUGUCACCUCUGCAGUUAUUAUGAACUUAGAACCUGGUACAUUGUACACAUUCACAAUAUUUCCACAAGUUGCUGGAAUUGAAGGAGAUCAGAAAAAUAGAUCCACCUAUACAAAACCCAGUGCUGUUUCUAACAUCACAGUUAAAAAUAUAACCACUACGGAAAUAAUAUUAAAUUGGAGUAUUGAAGAUGCAGCUGCUUCUGGAUACGCUUACAGAAUAUACAUACAGAAUGUAAAUACUACUGGAGAGAACUUCACCCAGUCAUCCUCAUCCCAAACUGCUUCUAUCCCAAACUUAAAGCCAGGCACCGCUUAUACUUUUUCAAUCUUUGCACAAGUGGUUAGCAGCAAAACUGAAGGAGACUCCAACAGCCUGUCUGUCUGUACAGUUGCAGCACCAGUGGAUAAACUGGACUGUACACCGGUGCCUAAGCAGCCAGAACUGAAUCUAUUCUGGAACCUUCCUGAUGGCAUUUAUAAUGGCUUCAGAAUUCAGAUCUCAAAUGGUACUUCAAACAGGACAGAACAUUACAGCCCAGAAAACCAGGCUGCUAUAAUAAAAGAUUUGAGUUACUUUGUCAACUACACCGUUAGGGUUGUAACUCUUUCAUGUGGGGAAAUGGGCUUUGCUCCGGAAAAAGUAUGUCUUACAAGUAUCACUGAUCCUCCUGUUCCUUCUGAAAGACCUACUGUUGAGGCAACUAGUCACAACUCUUUGAAAGUUCAGUUCAAUCCUUUUGAUUCCAUUAAUGGACCCUUAACAGCGUAUGCAGUAAUAAUCUCAACAUCAAAAGAAAUGAAAUGCAGUAAUGAAUCCUUGACAGUCACCUAUCAGGAUUUUAUCAAGAAAAAAACAGAUUCUUACGUCGCAUAUGUCAAAGAUGUGCAACCUUCCUCUAAAGUUGAUCAUUAUGCUAUUGAAAUAGGAGAUGGAUCGACCAAUCAUGACUAUGUCAAUGGGAAGCUAGACCCCCUUGGUUCCUAUAGGGCUUGUGUAGCUGGUUUCACUCGUAUUGUCUUUAUGAAUGACUCCAUCAGUUCAAGGGAAAGCUAUGUUUCAUUUUCAGACUACUCUGAAUCUGCAGUCUUACCCCAAAAUCCAGAUGUCAUCACAGGAGCUGUUGUUGGAUGUAUUCUGGGUGCUGUUCUUAUUGCAGCAAUAGUGAUUUUCAUCUUUUGGAAAAAGAGAAGGUAUUUUGGAAAAAACAAUGAGGUGCCAUUUUCUCCAAUUGUACCUAAAAAAUCAAAACUAAUUAAAGUUGAAAACUUUGAGUCUUAUUUUAAGAAACAAAAAGCCGAUUCAAACUGUGGGUUUGCAGAAGAGUAUGAGGAUCUCAGGCCAGUUGGUGUGAAUCAGCCCAGAUUUGCUGCUGAACUACCAGAGAACAAAGCAAAAAACAGAUACAACAAUGUCUUGCCAUAUGACAUUUCUCGUGUUAAACUUUCAGUCCAAAACCAUCCAACCAAUGAUUACAUUAAUGCGAACUACAUGCCUGGAUAUAAUUCCAAAAAAGAGUUCAUUGCUGCACAGGGCCCUUUGCCAAACACUGUUCAAGACUUCUGGCGUAUGAUCUGGGAGAAAAAUAUUCAUACCAUUGUUAUGUUGACUAAAUGCAUUGAACAAGGCAGGACAAAAUGUGAGGAGUAUUGGCCGAAUAAACAGUCCAAAAAUUAUGGAGACAUAACUGUAGCCAUGACCUCAGAAAUUAUCCUUCCAGAAUGGACAAUAAGAGAUUUCUCCAUGGAAAAAAGUGAUUCAUCUGUAAGUCAUCCUGUGCGACAGUUUCACUUCACUUCCUGGCCAGAUCAUGGUGUUCCAGAAACAACUGACCUUCUUAUCAGCUUCAGGCAUUUAGUGCAAGAUUAUAUGAAGCAGAACCCACCCACUCCUACUUUAGUGCACUGCAGUGCUGGUGUUGGGAGGACUGGAACUUUCAUUGCAAUUGACCGUUUGAUCCAUCAGAUGGAGAUGGAGAAUACAGUUGAUGUGUACGGCUUUGUAUAUGAUCUCCGAAUGCAUCGGCCUUUAAUGGUGCAGACAGAGGAACAAUAUGUCUUCCUAAACCAAUGUGUUAUGGAUAUUAUUAAAUCCAAGAAAGAGAAGAAAGUAGACCUGAUCUAUCAAAAUACAAAUGCCAUGGCAAUCUAUGAGAACAUCAGACCAUCACCACAUAUUGGGAAGGCAAAUGGCUACCACAUGUAACUGUAAAGGAAUGACAUGCUACCAACUUCUGCCAUGUACAGGAAAGGAAAUGUGCACUGAGGUUUUUUCCUAUCUUUAUAUUAAAAAAGACUUUUAAAAUAACUGAACUGAAGAUGCACAUAAAUGGGCCAUAGUGCUGAAGGAAAAAAGUACUGCAUUUAUCAGAGGAAAUCUGAUUUGAUGUAUUAUUUUAUGGAAGUAAUUAACUCAAAUGGUGAGAUCUUUUUUUAAACUUAAAAUAAUUUAUACAAACUAUUAAAAUCAAGCCUGAAUUCAGACUUGGAAGAAACUGAAUCUAUUCUACAAGCUCCAGUAAGACUAAUUUGUAGAUAUUCGUUGCUUUACCAAAUGAAUAGCCACAGAACAGUGACUAUUCAAUUUUUUUUAAAGGGGAGCACAAAAACAUUUUGUCAUUUGGAUGUUUUUAAUAUGUAAUUGUGCCUUUUUUCUAUCUGUUUUGAUAUAGACGAAAAUGAUCAAAGUCCUAUAUUUUUUUACUGAAAUUCUCAGUGGGAGUAUAACAUUUAAAUAAGAUUAAUAAUUUCUAUGGAAUAGCUUUGCUGAUUCUUCCCUCCUGAAAGUUGUAGUGUGUGUUGCUUGAGUCUGUGAGGGCUGCAGUGAUCAUGUGAUAGUUGUUUCACAUAACCAAGGUAUCACAGCUUUCUCGCAGGGCUAAGGUGAAACCGCUUCUCUACUUUUGUGUUCAUUUGCAUGAUUUAAAAAUGCCUCCCAUUUUCAUCAGCUGUUGCAAACGUUUCCAUUAUUCUAAAGCUGUUAAUGGCAUCGGAUGCCAUGAUGCUUCUUUUGAGGGGUUGAUGUCACAGGUGUGUGUAAACAUAAUGGUUUGCAUUGCUACAACCAAUCAGAUGGAGCAGUGUACAAGUACAAAUGAGGUUGGGUCAGUGAGGGUAAAUAGAAAGGAAAUAAUACUGAGAAGCUGCAGCAGCCGAUGUAACAAAAAUGCAUCAGAACAAUGUGAAUGUUUGGUAACAUGAGUAUAUUUUUCAAUAAUCAGUUUGGCUGUAUUAAACUAUAGUCCUUUUAAAGCAAGUGGCACAAUUAGGGAAUAGAUGGCUGAGCCCUGCUUUCUUACCAGGAAAACCAAAAAGUUUAGAAAUAGGACUGCUAAACAUUCACUGGCAACUUAGAAAAGUAAUGUGGGUUUGAUUCAACUGCACAGAGAGAUGCUGCUUACCUGUGGUCUUGAAUAAGGGCCACAUUGUCACACACAUCUCUCAAGUUUCACAGUAGCUCCAGAAAGGCUCACUGAAUGCAAGUUGGCUUUAAUCAGCCACUUUCUUGUGUGGUUAAGGCCAUCACUACAUGUCAAGCUUUCAAAGUGCCUAUGAUGUGAUUAGCAGUUUAUUCAAGUGGUAAGCUUAUCAUUAAAUUAUUGCUGCAGUUGAUCUUGGCAAUUGGCCCUUAGUGGUGUAAUUCAAGGAAGAAAAGGGCCAUGUAUCCAUCUGGUCUUUAACCACUGUUUUUCUUGUGUGUGUGUGUGGGGGGGAUAUGUUCUGUUAUAUAUUGUUGGCAGGAGGAGGUCCUAUUUCUGGCUUAUAUUUCUACUGUUUUAUUGUAUAUAAUAAGGAUUUAUUUAAAAGUGCAAUAUUUGGUUUUCUGAAUGAAUGAUUGCCUCUAUUUCCAUAGAGUUUUACUCAGGUUCAGGGUAUCCUCUUACUUGUUUUAUGGUUUAUGUUCUUAAAUGUAUAAUUAUGUGUAGCUUUAUUUACUUUCUAUCAAAAGUCAAUUUUCUUCUACUGAUUCUGCUACCUGCGGAACGUGGUUUAGCCAGUUAAAACUGAGGUAUAAAUUACUAGUGUUUUUGUAUAUCAAAGAUAUAUAAUUUUACUUGCAUUAUGCUGCUGUAGUUAAAAUGUCUACAAUUAAUGAAAAAUGAAGGAUUCUCUGUAAAAUUUAUUUUGUUGGUACACUGAUAACGUUAUGAAAGCAUUCCUAAUGAAGGACUGGUUUGAGAAAUGGAACUGGGGUUCAUAGUUAUUUUAGUCAAUGCGCUGGCAGCAUUAGAAUAUUGCAAGCCCCACUCCUCAGCUUUCUUUGUCAUAAAGCAUCUUUGAAUUGAACAUAUGCAGCUUGGAUGUAUGAGUAAUGGUUGCUGAAGUUAUCCUUGGUUCUGUGGUAUUUCAAUAUCUGUGUGGCAAAAUCUGCUGUAUCUCUUAGAAAUAAGAGCUCUAAAAUUGGAAAACAGUUCUCCUGCUUGCACUGGUCCUAUUGAAGUUCAUGAUGGCUUUUCUUUAUCUAUGACCUUUAUAUAGAAUGGCAUUAAAUUGUGUGAAUGUUUCAAAUACAUUCACAUUAUUUUUAAGAUUAUUUAGAUGUUUGAGUUUGGACCAUGUGUUCCAUUUUUUAAAAAAUCAUAAAGUGCCUGUACAGUUAAGCAAGACCCUGACAAACUUAAAUUGAAUUCUACAUUAAAAGUGAAAUACUUCUAUAUAAUCUUGAAGGUACAGUUUGAUAAGAACUAGCAGAUGGUUAUCUUUAGAAGAUCUGUUGUUGCUUUUGAAGGAAGACAUUUAGCAUGGGAAUAAUUUGUUCAGAAAAGUGCCUUUCCCACUACAAAAGCAAGAUAAAUCUCGUGGCCCCAUAAACAAAAUUUAUCACAGAAUAAACAAUUAUAGGCCAUGGUCCAAAGAGAUCGGUUGCUUGUGAGUUUCUACCAGCUUGGAUCAAUUUUUGACCAUUUAUCUAAUAUGAGAGGCAAUGGUUUGCAAUAACCAAACCCUAAAUAUGCAAUAACAGUUGUGAUGAAGUUUUUGCUUAUUUUGAGAAACUAAAACCCAUCUUAACAUGUGAAGUCAUCUUACGGAGAUGGGUCUCUGUUAGUUUAUUGAUUUUUUUAAGUGCCUGUCCAUUAUAGCAACAAGGGCUGUAUCUGAAAACUGGGCGGGUGUUUCCCACUGAAAUAUAAAUAGCACAUUCUUUAAGCAGAGCAAAUAUGUUUAAGAAUCUUCUGCCUCAGGUGAGCAUUAGUGAAAACCUUGGUUAAAUCUUUCCUUGAAAGUUGUAGGGUCUGUUAUCAUAGGUUAAAAAAUUAAUUUCAUUUGUUCUUAAGUAGCUGGACACUGGUAAAGGAAAAUGGAGGGAAGGGGGGGUGCUCUCUAAGUUAGAGGCCCCCCCCCCAUCUUUUGUGCCAAUUAGUUCCUUGCUGCCUAUCAUUGUGAUGCUGAUGGAUGCAACCUGGUCUUAGUCUGUAAGGUGGAAGGGGACUGUGCCAGAUGCAUGCACCUAUGGUUGAAUCAGAAGCAUUAGUAACCUCCGUUGUGAAUUUCAGAUCAUUACUGGAGGGAGGGGCAUGGUAAACAUUUGCGCCUUCCUCCCUGUCUUUGACUGCAAUGUAUAUAAUGGUCUGGGGUGUUACACUGUGCUAUCCAAAGCACUUGUUUUGUUAGCAGUCCAGUUUUACCACUAGCUAGGGUAAAGCAGCCCUCCUCAUAUGGUAGAUUUUGUGGUACUAAUAAAGGACAGAAAUGUAUCAAUUAUUUAAUUUAUUAUUAUUAUAUGUUUACUACUAUUGAGGGCACUCAUUUGUUAUUUCUCCUUCAAGUACCAUGUUUGCUGGUGCAGAGACUUUCCAGCUAAAUAUUUAACGAAAGUGGCUUAAAUAGAAAAAAAAAUCUUACAGGAUAGGCUUUUGAUCUCAGCUCAGAAGGUAUGAGAAUACACCAGAGUUAUGUUGUUAUGUUUCUAGGAGUAUUCAAACCAUCCUUUUCUAGCCUCAAAUGGGAAGUAGUAUCUAAGGGUCAGAGUGCCAAGAAAAGUGAGAUGUGCAUUCAGCUAAGGUUUUGCUAGCUAUGUCCAUUGCAGCAGUUUCCACUGCAAGAGAGAUGAAUUGCUGUUCAGUUUUUAAAAGCAACUUGUCUCUUGUGCACUGGGAAUGAUUGUAAUGCCAACAUCAAGCAGAGCUCUGGUUGUGAUUGUGCUUUUGCACUGUGCAUGCAGUUCCUUUCUUCAGAUGCCUGCCAGUAUGUCUAACUGGCUUUUUCCCAUAUGAGGCCUACAUUUAAAAGGGAUAAUUCAUCAAUGCUUGUGGAUAUGAUGAUUAUGUGUUCAAAAUAUGUACACUUUUCAGUGUUUCAUCCAUUGUACUGAGGUUUGCAGCAUACUGUCUUAAUUUUAAUGGUUUGAUUGUUUUUUGGUGACAUUAAAGUGACUAAAUAAAAAAACAUUACAUAA